UAUCCGGGUCGGGGUAUCGGAUGAGCUUGAACUGAGCCUCUUGACGAUCCAAUCGUUGCAAGACGAAACGUCCCUUGAUAUCGAACAUGACACGGAAUCGGUCUCCUGACUUUUCCAAUUCAAUGACAUCCAUGAAUCCAGCGGGGAAAUUGUGGUCGGUACGGACUUUUCCGUCGACCUUGACGCAACGUUCCAUGCAGAUUUGCAUGAAUUCCUUGUUGGUCAACGCGUACUUGAGCUUGUCACGUAGAAUAACGCAAACGGGGAUGCAUUCACGCAGUUUGUGAGGUCCAGCCGAAGGACGGGGUGCAAACACACCCGUCAUCUUGGCGAGAUUCCAUUUUUUGGGAGCGUGGAGACGCUUCAAGUGCUUUCGGGGACCGCGGGGCCUGUGAUAAUAGAAAAGAUAGUCCAAUCAAUUGUACGGAAGAGAGAGAGGGUGAGCAGACCAUCCAUUAACCAACCAAACUAAACUAAUCUAACUAAACCCAACUGCAGAGCAUCCACAGCUACAUCGUGCUCUACAGAACGGCCCGAGAUCUAUCCCAGUAGAUACGUACAUGUUGACUAACUUGGCAGCAAAGAGAGAGGAGCGACAACGACGGCAACUUGUUCUUCUUUGUUGUUGUGGGUGAUCCUCCUGUUGGCGCUGUGCUGUGGAGGGUCAAGGGUAGCCAAGAAAUGCGGCUACGUAGAUACACGUAGAAUUGACUACCAGGAAGCAUGUGUGGUCUGGCCUUUGCCCGUUUUUAGUAGAGAGGUAAAUGAACCACAGCCGCCAACAUCCAUCCCAUCGCAAUUCCUCUCAAGCACAACUCUUGUUGCAAGACGACUUGACCAAGACAAAAAGUCCCGUCGCUACCUUUCUUCUCCUUCUAUCAGCACAUUUGCUUAACCAACUCUCAAGAUGGGUCACCACCGUCACCGAAGUCGAGGAAAAGGUCUGCAAGUUGUCCAAAAAGGGAUUGACUCCCUCCCAAAUUGGUGUCAUUCUCCGUGAUUCCCACGGUGUCGCCUCGGUCAAGUCCAUUACCGGAUCCACCGUCGUUCGUAUCCUCAAGGUCAGCGGACUCGCACCCGAAGUUCCAGAGGAUCUUUACAUGCUCAUCAAAAAGGCCGUUCAGGUCCGUAAGCAUUUGGAACGCAACCGAAAGGACAAGGACUCCAAGUUCCGAUUGAUUCUUAUUGAAUCCAGAAUCCAUCGUCUUGCUCGGUACUACCGUACCACCCGAAAGCUUCCUGCUAACUGGAAGUACGAGUCUGCCACCGCUUCCACCAUGGUCGCCUAA